AAUGUUUAAAAAAAAAAAAAGUAUGAACAACUAGCUAAAUUAUGCUCUUCAAAAAAAACAUAAACAAGUGGCAAAUAUGUCAAAAUAAGUGAAACAAACUGAUUAACAGAUUAACGGAUUGACGAAUUGACGCGUUACGCGCAGCCUCGCCAGCCCUGCGGAUAAGCAAAAAUAAAAAACACGAGCAGCAAAAAGGAACACAGAGAGAGGUAAAGAGAGAGCAUUAUAAGGCGCACGGCCUACACUGGAAUGCAAACAUCUGCAGGAGUAGCUACACAACCCCACUGAGUACGCAGCGCGGGAAGCAAGCACGCUUUGUUAUUGUUUUUUUUAUUUUGCCUGGCCGUGGAAAAUGAAGCUUUUUGCCCUCUUAAGCGCUGUGCUCAGCCUGUACUUUGCGGCAGCACAGACGGGCGUAGUGUACGAUGAGAACCAGACGAACGUUCAGUUCCAUGUGACCUUGUGGAUCGUACUGACGCUCAUCACGGCCUUUAUCCUGGGGACCUACGCCACCUUCCAAAUCGCCAACACGAAGGACUCGCUGCUGUACUCCAAAAUCAACACCUCGAGCAAUCCGAAGUGAAGAACAAAAACGUCGAGCGGUUUGGCCAGAUAGUCUCUUCCUCCUUUUUUUUUUUUUGUUCCGUUCCACUUUGGCGUCUUCACCAAGUGGCCAAAAGAUAAUUUUUUUUUUUUCCCAUUUACUUAUGCAAAACGUUAGUUGCACACGUGGCAACUGAAGUACCUCUCCCAAAUGACAGGUGCCACUCAAACGUAAACGCUUCUUAGGGCGUACGUUGUGUGGCCCCGAUUGUGGUGAUGCCUCCCCAACUCUGCAGUAUAACCACAGUGUGGGUACGUAUUCUUCCCUCCAUCCGUCCAUCCGUGCAUCGUUCUUUCCUCCCUUUCCCCCUUUUCCUUUUUCUAUUUUUUUUUUUUUUUUAUUUUUUUUGCCUGCCCGUU